AUGUCUUCAGCCAUUCCUAGUAAGCGUACACGCUUAUCCGAACUAGAACAAACACACCAACAACAAAAUCUUCAGAACCUCCAACAACAAAAUUUACAACAGUUUAAUCAACAUUCUCAAUUACGCCAAAUGUAUCCGAGUCCAAAUCAACAUCAGCAUCAAUUGGUUCCUGGAGAAUUCAUUCAAUCCCCACAAGUUCAACAGCAACAAAAAGAAUCCGAGUCUCCGCUACUGACGCAACAAGAUAUUCACCGCCUUGGAAGAGGGAUUGAUUUAUUAAUCGAUGCUAUAAUUCCAAAUAAAAGUCAACAAGCCAAAGAAGCAGCUACAACUAUUAUCAAUUCACUUUCUUCUUUAAAUUGUUCUGAUAAUCUAGCGACACAAAAAAAUGAUUCGAAUUUCACCCAAAAUUCAAACUCAAAUUCACUUGUAUUAGACAUGCCAAAUCUUAAUGAACCGACGCAAAAUAAAUCAGAAAAGAUCGCGUCUCCAUUGUGCCAAUUGUUAAAUCACACAUACCCAAAUAGUAUAGUGGAAUUGGUUAAUAAACUCUCUAAAAUGUCUUUGAAUCCCUUAGAUUUGCCUGUAACUUCCUCUUUAUCCUCUUCAACAAAUAUUACAAAGUCGAUAAGUAAUUCCUUACCGAAGAAAGUACCUUCUUCAAUACCUGCUAACAAUCCCUCCAAAAUAUCUCCUCCAUCAAAUGAAUUAUGUCAGCAAUUAAUGCAAGAUUAUUUUAAUCAUUUCAACACCACAAUUCCAAUAUUGGAUCGUCGAAAGUUUAUCGAUCACUGGCGUAAUAAAAAUACCAAACACUCUCAACUAUUGGUCGCUUCCACUUUAGCUUUGGCUGCCGCAAGGUAUUCCGAUGACCCUUCCAUUCAAAAAACUCACGAUAAGCCUGGUGGCAUUUUUUUUGAUUCUGCAAAGAAAUUACUCGAUACGAUGUACGAUAAGCCUCGGUUGGAAACCGUGCAAGCAUUAUUAUUGCUUUCUCACGCAGAGUCUAGUUUAUCACGCAUAGAUAGCAGUUUUAUGUUUUUAGGCAUGGCUGUUCAGAUGGCACAUACGUUGCACCUUGGUCGUAACGAAUCUUCUAAUUUUAUUCCCGAGGAAGAUGAAGAAAGGCGUAGAGUUUUUUACUGUGUUUACUGUUGUGACAGAUGGAUUUCAUUUAUAAUGGGAAAGCCAUACUCGAUCGACAAUAUAAACAUAAAUGUUCAAUUACCAUCAUUACCCUCAUUCGAUCCACCAACUCGAAAUUUCUUUAUAUCCUUCAUAAAGUUAUCACAUAUAAUUGGAGAAAUUUGGAAAUUUGGUUAUUCAUCACAACCAAAGGCAGCACAAUCAAAUUGGAUUGGUCACGCGAUGGACCAAAAGAGUAUGUUGAGACAAAUAAGAGCUGCAUUAGCAAAAUGGUUGAAAGAAUUACCUGACGAAUUACAAUAUCAAUAUUUACCAAACACCGAUACUAAAAGUUUAUUUCAAUUGGCAAGAUUUUCUGUUCAUGCGGGAUAUAUUAAUAUCCUGUUUCAUACUUGUAUUAUUUUAUUACAUCAACCUUAUUUGACUCAGGCUUAUGACAAUCCAAAAAUUGAGGCAAACCAAGGUCCAAUUAAAACUUGUCUUACUGCCGCGACCACUAUUACAGAUAUUGCAAAGACAACGAGGCAUUUUGAUAAUAAAGCAUUUUGUAACUUUUUAUUCCCAAUAUAUGGAAUAUUACAAUCUGCUGUAAUGGAAAUGGUCAUCAUGAAUGGUUCUGCUGAACAUGCUCAAAGUGCAAAGAAAUCUCUAAAUGAUACUUUGGAAGAAUUAAGAUCUGCUGCAGAUAACGCUAAUUAUGGUUCUCUUCAAGAGAUUGUAAAAGAAUUAGAAUGUAUUAUGAUGAUCGCUAAUGGAAAUACUGAUAGUAGUCAUAUUUCAAUUCCAUUUCCACUGGUUUUACAAAUAAUUGAAUAUCCAAAUUCAAAUGGAGAUAAUUUAAUUGAUAAUGAAUCUAAUUCUUCGAUAACUUUGAAUAAUAAUACAACGCCAGCAGCCAAUUCGUUACAACCAUAUCACCAACUUUCAUCGUCAUAUAGUGGAAGUAACCAACACGCUCAUGAUAUUUCAUCACAAUCUGGUAACUCUCAAUGGGAAUCUUUUUAUAAUGAUGAUUACAUGUUUGACGUAAAUCAGGGUAAUGUUAAUAAUGUUAAUACAAGCAAUACGGAAGUUACAGCUGCUCCUCAUCAUGUCAUUGAUGAUUUAUCAUUAUAUUCUACUUCCCCGAGUUUAAUACAUACCUCACAAACGAGUCAUCAUCAUCGUCUUCAUGAUGGGAAUGGUG